AUGUCGACCGAUGCCUUGGCACGCAUGAUGCUGGAAACCGCUGCUCCCGCCAGGGAGCAGUUUAAAGGUCCUGGAAUCUCUCUAGCCGCAUGGAAAUUUGACGAAGUUUCAGUCUACAUAUCAAUCACAUUGUUCAUCUUGGCCGUCGUGCUCUUGAAAAUUGCUUAUCAUAAGCUGCCCUGCAUUGCCAGCUACGUACCCGAAUCCCUUCUGCUAAUAGUAAUGGGCCUAAUAUUCGGUUCCAUUAUGCACUACAUCCCCAAUGCCUCAGCCUUUCGUCUCACACCCAAUAUCUUCUUCAACAUCCUUCUUCCACCAAUCGUACUUGAAUCAGCAUACAGUCUCUAUAAUAAAACAUUUGCGGAGUUGCUCGCACCAAUCCUUCUGUUUGCUGUUCUUGGAACCGUCCUAAACUUUCUACUGAUCGGAUUUGGUCUUUUGGCAGUUGAUCUCUCCUCUGGGCUUGGAGAACCCUACCUCGGUCUCAGCAUCAAGGAGUACUUGCUCUUUGCUUCACUCAUUGUGGCCGUCGAUCCCGUCGCCGUCCUAGCCAUAUUUCAGGAUAUUGGUGUUGAUUUGAGACUGUAUUACCUGGUCUUUGGCGAAUCUCUCCUAAAUGACGCAGUAACUGUGGUUCUCUACAAUAUUAUGAGUGCUUUCGUUGCCACACCGGAAAUUAGCUCUGGCCAAAUUGUCAUUGGAAUCGGUUCCUUCUUCACCGUCAGCCUGGGUGGGGCUGUCAUCGGCGUAUUUCAUGGUGUCAUCUCAUGCCUCCUGACACGUCUUAACAUCUCCUCGGAGGCCAUUGUACCUCUGUUGCUGAGCUACCUAUCCUAUAUUAUUGCAGAUCUGUUCGGUUGGUCCGGAAUCAUCUCAAUUAUUACUUGCGGUAUUUUUCAGGCAGCCUACGCUUUCCACAACCUAACUCCUAUGUCAGUUAUCUUACUGAAGUCUUCGCUGAAACAAAUUGCUUCCAUUAG